AGCAAAUUGAAACUCAGAAUCAGGGUUUUGAGUAUAAUUAUAUCAGAGAGAUUAAUGGCUAGUCCAGCUAUAUUGAAGACAGUCCUUUUCCUUAGGGUUUUCACUCUUCUGGCACUGGCUGCUUCAGUUGUGCUUAUGGGCCUCAACAAUUUCACGGAAGAUGGCAUCAAAACUCGGUUUACUGAUCUCAUAGCUUACAGGUACGUAUUUGCCACAGGAGCAGUAGGAUUUUUAUACACUCUGAUUCAGAUCCCAUUUGCGGUCUACAACGUGGUAAAGGAGAAGAGGUGGAUUCGCAAUGGGUUUCUCCAAGAAUUCGACUUCUAUGGAGACAAGGUGAUGGCUUUCUUAUUGGCAAGUGGAGUUGGCGUGGGAUUUGGAGUGAGCUUUGAGCUGAAGAGGCUUUUAGGCGACGAUUUGAGUAGCAAAUCCAAGAAAUUCCUCGACAUGGGCAACAUCUCAGCAGGCAUUCUCCUUGUUGGAUUUGUUUCCAUGGCUCUGCUUUGCAUAAUUUCAUCAAACCGUCGAUCUUCUUCAUCACCCAUAAAAGGGUUCUUCAAUUAAGAUGUGAUCAUGGAUGUGUGCUAAAAUUGAGAAUUCUUUACAUAUUUUUGUGUGUUUCUUUUGAAUAAAUGUGUUAGGUCAUUGGUUGUUCCUCAAAUAAUGUGAUUAGUCCUUUGAAUAUGUAUUAAUAAUUAUUUAUGACCUAA